GGUCUGCGUGAAGGGACAGGGCAACGGGAGCCUAGGGACUCCUCCGUACAGUGCCAUGGGGCCUCGGGGACUGCUGUGCGUGUGCCUGGUGUCCCUCCUCAUCCUGCAGGCCAGGCCUGCUCCGAGCUCAGCCACAGGCAGGUCCAAGGGCAUCGAGAAGCGACAGGCUGUGGACAGAACAGUGGAUGGCGUGCUCAUUCGCAGUUUGAAAGUCAACUGCAAAGUCACCUCUCGCUUCGCCCACUACGUCAUCACCAGCCAAGUGGUCAACAGCGCCAACGAACCCAGGGAAGUGGCCUUCGAUGUGGAAAUUCCCAAGACAGCCUUCAUCAGCGACUUUGCCAUCACGGCCAACAACAAUGCCUAUGUUGGGAACAUAAAGGACAAAGCAGCCGCAUGGAAGCAGUACCGGAAGGCAGCCGUCACAGGGGAGAAUGCCGGCUUGGUCAGGGCCUCGGGGAGGACGAUGGAGCAGUUCACCAUCCACAUCACUGCCAGUCCUCGCAGCAAAGUCACCUUCCAGCUGACCUACGAGGAGGUGCUGAAGCGAAGACUGGGGCAGUACAACAUCGUCAUCAGAGUGAAGCCCAGGCAGCUGGUGCAGCACUUUGAGAUUGACGUGGACAUAUUUGAGCCGCAAGGGAUCAGCAAGCUGGACGCCCAGGCCCCCUUCCUCCCCAAGGAACUGGCGGUUCAAACUAUCAAGAAGUCCUUCUCAGGGAAAAAGGGUCACGUGCAUUUCCGGCCCACUGUGGCCCAGCAGCAGUCCUGCCCCAUGUGCUCCACAUCCUUGCUGAAUGGGGACUUCAGGGUGAUCUAUGACGUCAAUCGGAACAAGCUCUGUGACCUCCUGGUGGCCAACAACCACUUUGCCCACUUUUUCGCCCCCCAAAACCUGAAGAACAUGAGCAAGAGCCUGGUUUUUGUGAUUGACAUCAGCGGCUCCAUGGAAGGCCAGAAAGUGAAGCAGACCAAAGAGGCACUGCUUAAGAUCCUGGGCGACAUCCGGCCAGAGGACUACUUCGACCUGGUCCUCUUCGGCUCUCGAGUGCAGUCGUGGAGGGGUUCGCUGGUGCCAGCAAGCGAGGCCAACCUGCAAGCAGCCCGCGACUUCGUGCAGCGCUUCUCCCUGGCCGGGGCCACAAACCUGAAUGGCGGUUUGCUCCGGGGAAUUGAGAUCUUGAACAAUGCCCAGGGGAACCUGCCCGCGGUCAGCAAGCACGCUCCGAUUCUCAUCAUGCUGACCGACGGCGAGCCCACCGAGGGGGUGACGGACCGCCCCCAGAUCCUCAAGAACGUCCGCAGCGCCAUCGGGGGCAGGUUCCCGCUCUACAGCCUGGGCUUUGGCCACGACCUGGACUUCAACUUCCUGAAGAGCCUGUCCAUGGAGAACAACGGGUGGGCCCAGAGGAUCUACGAGGACCACGACGCCGCCCAGCAGCUGCAGGGCUUCUACAACCAGGUGGCCAACCCCCUGCUGGUGGACGUGGAGCUGCUGUACCCGCAGGACGCUGUGGUGGCCCUCACCCAGCACCGCCAUAAGCAGUACUAUGACGGCUCGGAGAUCGUGGUGGCCGGCCGCAUUGCUGACCACAAGCUGGGCAGCUUCAAGGCUGACGUGCGGGCCCGUGGGGAGGGACAAGAAUUCCAGACCACCUGCCUGGUGGAUGAGGAAGAGAUGAAGAAGCUGCUCCGGGAGCGCGGCCACAUGCUGGAGAACCACGUGGAGCGCCUCUGGGCCUACCUCACCAUCCAGGAGCUGCUGGCCAGGCAUGUGAAGGCGAAGGGGGAGGAGAAGGCCAACGUGUCGUCCGAGGCCCUGAAAAUGUCCCUGGCCUACCAGUUUGUGACACCGCUGACCUCCAUGACCAUCAGAGGCAUGGCGGACGAGGACGGCCUGGAGCCCACCAUCGACAAGCCCCCCGAGGAUUCUCAGCCCUUGGAGAUGGUGGGACCCAGAAGGACGUUCCUGCUGCCAGCCGGGCAGCCCCCGCCCACCAGCUCCAGCUUGAACGUGCAGCAGCUGCCGGACCGAGUGACCGGCGUGGACACUGACCCCCACUUCAUCAUCCACGUGCCCCAGAAGGAGGACGCCCUGUGCUUCAACAUCAACGAGCAGCCUGGGGUGAUCCUGAGCUUGGUGCAGGACCCCGACACAGGCUUUUCAGUGAAUGGCCAGCUCAUCGGGGACAAGGCCCGGAGCCCCGGGCGGCACGAGGGCACGUACUUCGGGCGGCUGGGCAUCGCAAACCCCGCCACAGGCUUCCAGCUGGAAGUAACUCCUCAGAACAUCACGCUGAACCCCAGCUCGGGCGGGCCCGUGUUCUCCUGGAGGGACCAGGCUGUGCUGCGGCAGGAGGGGGUGGUGGUGACCAUCAACAGGAAGAAGAACCUGCUGCUGUCCGUGGAUGGCAGGGCCACAUUUGAGGUGGCCCUGCACCGUGUGUGGAAGGGGAGCACAGCAUCCCAGGACUUCCUGGGCUUCUACGUGCUGGACAGUCACGGCAUGCCGGCCCGGACGCACGGGCUGCUGGGACAAUUCUUCCACCCCUUCGACUUUGAAGUAUCCGACCUCCGCCCAGGCUCCGACCCCACCAAGCCGGAUGCCACCAUGACGGUGAAGAACCGCCGGCUGACGGUCACCAGGGGCUUACAAAAAGAUUACAGCAAGGACCCCCGGCACGGGGUGGCGGUGUCCUGCUGGUUCGUGCAUGACAACGGAGCUGGCCUGAUCGACGGCGUGCACACUGACUACAUCGUCCCCGACAUCUUCUGAGCCGGCGCCAAGUACCUGUUCCCCACCAGGCCCGUUGCGGUGGCGGCGAACAGCACCCCAACCUGUGGCCAGGCCACGCCUCCAGUGUCAAAGCACCCUGAGACUUCUAUUAAAGACAUGCUGUGUCCCACUCA